GAUCAUGCGAUAGUCACUUCCCAAUUUGCAAGUUCUCCGUUCCUGUGCAUCAUCAUGCUUGCCCAACUUGCGUCGGAACUGUGCCCUACGUCUGCCCCGUUCUUCGGAUUCAUGGGCGUGACCUCUGCCUUGGUCUUUGCCAACUUGGGAGCUGCCUAUGGUACCGCUAAGUCGGGUGUCGGUAUUGCGUCCAUGGGUGUGAUGCGCCCGGAACUUGUCAUGCGUAACAUCGUGCCCGUUAUCAUGGCCGGUGUGCUGGGUAUUUACGGAUUGAUCGUCGCCGUGAUUAUCCAAGGCUCCAUCGACGUGCCCAACGGCAAGGAAACCGUCUACGGAUCGUACACUGGUUUCGCGCACUUGUCGGCUGGUUUGUGCUGUGGUCUCAGCGGUUUGGCCGCCGGUAUGGCCAUUGGUGUGGUCGGUGACGCUGGGGUCCGCGCCGUGGGACAACAAGAGAAGCUGUUCGUGGGUUUGAUCUUGAUUUUGAUUUUCGCCGAAGCCUUGGGCUUGUACGGGUUGAUCGUUGCCUUGAUCUUGGCCACCAAGAAAUCCACCGGCUGCUAAGCACCUCGUAUCACUAUCGAAGUCCAAACGCUCUGUAGACAAUAGAGUUUGAGCUUCAUUAAAUCUGCGUAUUCCAUUCCAUCGAUUAUCGCGCACA